CAUGCCCCGCUCUGAUCUUCCCGAACAAUGGCAGUAUUGACUUUGGUGUAGCCUCACCUAAUGAAAACAGUACCUAUGCUUUUAAUACGAUUGCUACCUACAACUGUGACGCUGAGUUUUCUCUGGUUGGUGACCAAAAAAGGACCUGUACUGGAGAUGGCAACAGCACUACUGGUGCUUUUGAUAGAUUACCUCCAACUUGUGAACGUAAGUGCAUACUUCUGUUUUGAGAAUCUAAAAACUCCCUUCAAUCUCCUUCCAGCCAUAACAUGCCCCGCUGUGCUCUUCCCGAACAACGGUAGUAUUGACUUUGGUGGAGAUUCACCUGGUGAAAACAGCACUUAUGCGUUUAAUGCGGUUUCUACCUACAACUGUGACUCUGGGUUUUCUCUGGUUGGUGACCAAACAAGGACGUGUACUGGAGAUGGCAACAGCACUACUGGUGCUUUUGAUAGAUCGUCUCCAACUUGUGAACCCAUAACAUGCCCAGCUCUGCUCUUCCUGAACAACGGCAGUAUUGACUUUGGUGGAGCUUCACCUGAUGAAAACAGCACAUAUGCGUUUAAUGCAGUUGCUAACUACAACUGUGACACUGGGUUUUCUCUGGUUGGUGACCAAACAAGGACUUGUACUGGAGAUGGCAACAGCACUACUGGUGCUUUUGAUAGAUUACCUCCAACUUGUGAACCCAUAACAUGCCCCGCUUUGCUCUUCCCGAACAAUGGCAGUAUUGACUUCGGUGUAGCCUCACCUGAUGGAAACAGUACCUAUGCUUUUAAUGCGGUUGCUACCUACAACUGUGACACUGGGUUUUCUCUGGUUGGUGACCAAACAAGGACCUGUACUGGAGAUGGCAACAGCACUACUGGUGCUUUUGAUAGAUUACCUCCAACUUGUGAACCCAUAACAUGCCCCGCUCUGCUCUUCCCGAACAACGGCAGUAUUGACUUUGGUGUAGCCUCAUCUGAUGAAAACAGCACAUAUUCGUUUAAUGCGGUUGCUAACUACAACUGUGACACUGGGUUUUCUCUGGUUGGUGACCAAACAAGGACGUGUACUGGAGAUGGCAACAGUACUGCUGGUGCUUUUGAUAGAUCGUCUCCAACUUGUGAACCCAUAACAUGCCCCGCUCCGGUCUUCCUGAACAACGGCAGUAUUGACUUUGGUGGAGCUUCACCUGAUGAAAACAGCACAUAUGCGUUUAAUGCGUUUGCUAACUACAACUGUGACACUGGGUUUUCUCUGGUUGGUGACCAAACAAGGACUUGUACUGGAGAUGGCAACAGCACUACUGGUGCUUUUGAUAGAUUACCUCCAACUUGUGAACGUAAGUGUAUAAUUCUGUUUUGA